AUGUCAUACGAUUCAUCAUCAUCGCCACCUAGAUCAACAUCUAUAUCAACAACUAUACCACCACCACCACCAACAUCAUCAUCAACAAAUAAUGUCGAUGAUACACCAAAUUUAUCAUCAUUAUCAUCAUCAACAACAUAUGAUUCAUUUUUUCCAACAUUUGAUGAUGGUUGUUCAACAUAUUCAACAAAUAAUAAUAAUAUAAAAAAAUCACAAUUAUCAUCAUUUGAUCCAACAAUAUAUCAAAAUUCAUUUGCAAGUCAUUUUUCACCAUCAGGUGUACCAUAUCCAUUUUAUUCAGAUGCAGCGACAUCAUAUUUUUCAAGUCAAGCACGUACAUAUUCCGAUUAUCUUUGUCAACCAACAUAUCGUACACCAACAGCAAAUAAUCCUAUGACAACAAAUCCUGUAACAACAUCACCAACAAAUACAAAUAAUACAUCAACUAAUUCAUGGUAUCAACCAGCACAUUGUACGGAUCCAAGAUUUGCAAUGACACGUUUAUUAACUGGACAAACUCCACAAUAUGAUAUGUAUCAAUCUGCUACAGCUAUGAUGGAUCCAUUGAAAUCUGCUUAUCAUCCAUUUGCAUUUGCACCAAAACGUAAACGACGUGUUUUAUUUACUCAACAACAAGUUAUGGAGCUUGAAAAACGUUUUGAUAAAAGUCGGUAUUUAAAUGCUCAAGAUCGUGAUCAAUUAGCACAUUCAUUAAAUUUAUCAUCUACACAAGUUAAAAUAUGGUUUCAAAAUCAUCGUUAUAAAACAAAAAAAGCUUCAAAAGAAAAAGGUGGUAAUAAUUGUGUUGAUAGUGGAGAUGAACAACCUAUAUCAACAAAUAAUCCUCAUCAACAUCAUUCACAAAUACAAACGAAUAUGUUUCAUCCACAAGUACAAAUUCCAUCAACACAUCAUCGUCUUCAUCAUGCACAUCAUUUACAUCAUCAUCCAUCACUUCAUUUACUUAAACAUGAACCACGUUAA